GUCAAGUUUUUAAAGAUAACAAAAGAACUCGCCAUGGCACUUUCGAAGUUGAGGCAAUUACCGCGCAUCAGUUAUUUUGAACCUGAAGAUCCGAGUUUCGAUGAAUACAUUUAUUGUUCCGGCUGCCGCGACUACGUGUACGAUGUGUGCCCUCAGCAUGGACCUUUACUUAUUCUACCUGAUACAAAGGUCCCAGAAAAAACAAACUAUCCGCCAUAUGUUCCUCGGGCGGCACUCACUAUACCAAAGGCGUUUUUACAUAUUGCUAGGUCUUAUAUCCCAGGUGCGGGUCUGGGAGUGUUCAGUUCAGGUACUUUGCCAAACGGUGUACGCUUCGGACCUUACCGCGGUGUUGUGAAGAAAAAUUCAGAUUCCAGUUAUUGUUGGCAGAUAUUCGAUAAAAAUAACAAGCCGUCCCACGUUGUGGACGGCGGAGAUGGCCACCGUUCAAACUGGAUGCGAUUCAUCAACUGCUCCCGGAAUCGGAACGAACAGAAUCUUAUUGCGUUUCAAUAUAAAGGACAGAUUUAUUAUCGCACAAUAAAAAUUAUUCCACGCAAUACUGAGCUGCUGGUAUAUUACGGCAGUGAGGCGGCACAUGGUUUAGGCAUCGACUUGAGAUUUUAUAAUUGUCAGCCUCAAAUAACCGAACCAACGAUAACUACUACAGAAAUAAUAAAAGAAAAUAAACUUGAUAAAGAUAAUAAACCUAAAAUAGGAAUUAAUGGUAAAUGUAAAGACAAAAUAUCGGGAACGAAUACAAAAACUAAUUUUGCAUGUGAUCAACGUGUACCAACGCCUAAUACUUCAGAAAAAGUAAAGGAAUUUAAAUCAGCAAUUGCAGUUAGAAAUAACCCCAAAAAAUUUGUAUCGAGUACACAAAGUAAAUUCACAUGUCAUCGAGAUUUAUAUCUUAGUAAUCUUUUUCAGAACCAAUGUCAAGUGCUCUAG